GGAAAGACUCAUGAUGACUUUGCCUCUUUUGAUCACAUGUCUAAUUUCAGGUUUUAAGAAAUGAACUCGUCUGCCAACCUGACACUGAUAGCUCGAUAUCCAGAUUCCUUCAGUAAAGCUGUGACUAAGAAUCUGAUUGUCAUGCUUCUGGGCAUCUCCAUCAACUACAUCAAUGCAAGUCUCAUUCACACCUUCAGGAAACAUCAGAUUUUCAACAUGAACCCUCGGUAUAUCCUUUUCAUCCACAUGGUGGUCAAUGACAUGAUGCAGGUGACCCUGAGCAUCAGCUUGUUUGUCGUCAGCUACACCAUCUACAAGCUUAAUGUUUCAGUGUGCUGCAUCCUGAUCCUGAUUACUCUCUUUGCUACUGAAAACACCCCGCUCAACCUGGCCUGCAUGGCAAUGGAGUGCUACAUUGCCAUCUGCAUGCCCCUGCGUCAUGCUCAGAUCUGCACCGUGAAGAGGACUCUGAUGCUGGUGGGAUUAAUCUGGGCAACCAGCCUACUGUCAGUUCUUCCUGACUUGUUUAUCACCUUGGCCACAGAACCGCUGGAUUUUUUUCACUCCAAAGUAUUUUGCAUCAGACAAACUGCCUUCCCAAAUCCACUCCUUGUUCAAAAGAGAGAUAUCACAUAUUCACUGUUUCUAGUUUUGGUUUGGUUCACUAUCUUUUUCUCUUACUUCAAGAUUCUGUUUACUGCAAAAACAGCAAGCAGGGAUGCCACAAAAGCCAGAAAUACAGUGCUCCUGCAUGGGUUUCAGGUGGUGCUUUGCAUGACUACAUAUGCAGCUCCUGUCCUUCUAGGUUUGCUUCAGCGGGUGUUCCUCCUAAACUAUAAUGACUCUCUGUUUGCCUUCUACAUCACUGUGCAGGUCCUGCCACGAUCCAUUAGCCCCAUUAUAUACGGCGUGCGAGACAACACCUUCAGGAAAUACCUGAAAAGGUAUCUGUUGUGUAAAUUCAGAGACAGAAGCAUUUCUGAGCUUUGAUAUAUUUUACAUUGAAACAGCUCAUUCAAUCAGUUAUUUUUUCCC